CAUGCAGAGGAUCACGUCUUAGUUUGUCUUUCACUUGUUGUCCUACAAACCAAUGCCCUUUAACACAAACACAGACAUGCUUAUCUGGUUAAAAAAACACACAGAAAAAACAACAGCAGCCACAUGAAUAUGCAAAGUGGGAGUUGACUCAUCACUCCUGGUGUUUAAAUAUCAGAAUCUACUGCUGCUGCUUUGCCUGAUGGUUCAAACCUCUGGGAGAAAGUUCAGGAUCUGCUCUGAGCUGCAGCCAGUCAUCAAAUAUAAGAAGAUGGAAAACAGUGACAACAUCAUCCUGUUUGCUAAGGAAAUGCUGAGACAGGGGCCCAGCAGGAGCAUGCUGAAGAUCUACAUGCUCGGCUCGACUCUGGCAAUGCUCGGAAUGGUUGGAGGGCUGGUGGAAAUGGUUUUCCUGCCCUUUAUGGACAGCCAUGUCACUGAAGAGGAACAAGCCAAGUUUUUCCUGGAGAAGAAGAAGGAAAGGAAGCAGGUGUUGAAAUUGCAGUCUACCUUGGUUCAUACUGAAGCUGAAGCCAUGCUGGGAGUGGUGUUGUCUGAGGCCAAGGCCAAACAUCUGGGAACAGCUGUGCAGAGAAGCUCAGCCAACCGCCUCCAUGCUUCUUAAAAACUCCCUCGUCAAUGUAGACGGACACUGGUGGUGAAAUGCCAUAUCUAUGGUGAAGUGGUCCCUCUUAACCCAUUAAUUUAUUUAAGAUUUGAUAAACAUGCAGUUUGCCCCCACCCCCCUCCCCCUCCCCAAUGGCAAAAGGGGAAAAAGUACAGAUAGUCGAGUUCGAUACACUGAAAACUGCAGAGACAGUAAAGUCGAGCUGCUGGGCAGCAGGUUUAUAAAUACAACAUGGGAUGGAUUUGUUGGGAAAAAUGUGUGUGUGUGGUUUGGUUCUUUUUGCACUUUAAUAAACACAUUUUUAUGCGA